AUGGGUCAAGACGGUUCGAGUCCAGUGGAUGAGAGUGCACCUUCCAAGACACUGGAGACCCGCACUGUUGAAGGUUUGGCCAAGUACAUCAGGGAUGGCCAUGCAAAGCGCAUCGUAGUCAUGACUGGUGCUGGCAUCUCGACAAGCGCAGGCAUUCCCGAUUUCCGCUCGCCCAACACCGGUCUCUACGCCAAUCUUGCUAGACUCAAGUUACCCUAUGCCGAGGCCGUUUUCGACAUUUCGUACUUUCGCGAGAAUCCGACCCCGUUCUAUACACUAGCUCACGAGCUUUAUCCUGGCAAAUACCGUCCGACUGUUACGCAUUCGUUUAUUCGUCUGCUUCAUGAGAAGGGUCUUUUACUCAAGCUCUUCACCCAGAAUAUCGAUUGUCUCGAGCGCGAAGCUGGUGUGCCUGACGAAUCUAUCAUCGAAGCUCACGGCAGUUUCGCCCGUCAAAGCUGCAUCGACUGCAAGAGCCCAUAUCCGCAAGAAAAGUUGAGAAAACACAUCGACGCCAAAACCAUCCCUCGCUGUCAAGAAUCCUCUUGCAACGGUCUCGUAAAACCUGAGAUUGUCUUUUUCGGCGAACAACUUCCUCGCGCCUUCUUCGACAACAUCGACGUGCCCACAGAAGCCGAUCUCUGCAUCGUCAUGGGCACUUCCCUCCAAGUCCAACCCUUCGCAAGCUUACCCGGUGCCUGCAAACCCAACGUCCCCAGAGUCUUGAUCAACAUGGAAAGAGUCGGCGGCCUCGGUUCACGCUCCGACGAUGUGUUAUUACUAGGCGACUGCGAUGCCGGCGUGCGCAAACUCGCAAAAGCCAUUGGUUGGCAAGAUGAACUUGAAGAUCUCUGGGCAAAAACAGAUCCCGAAUACGUUUCUGGCAAACCCAGCAAGACUAAAGACGAAAUCGCNAAAGAAGAGGCGAAGAAAUCACGAGAUGAAAAGUUUCAGGAUGAGGUUGAUAAACUUACAAAGGAGGUUGACAAGACUUUGGAUUUGUCUAAAUGGCAUCAAGAUCAGAUUCGAAAGGAUCAUCUUGAUGGUCAGACUGAGGGUGUCUCACAAGACGCAGUCAAGAGCGAAAAGACAAUGCGGUAUGAUGAGAAUGCUGAUGACAAGAACAAGGCACCUGCCAAUGGACUUGGUCAUGUCUUUCCUCACAUGAACGAAAAGUCUUCGUUGUGA